UUCAAACGCAGCAGUCACUUUAGAAGCGAUCGUGUGUUGUCAGCAGGUCAGCACGCGCUAGCUCAGCUCGUAGAAGAUUGAGUUUUCCUCUUUCUUCGUCAAGCCACUCAAGACCACUGCCACUCAAGUAACUCAACGUGUAAAUUGCCUGCUUACGAGACCUGAGCUCUCAGGAGCAGUAUUUGCGACGAUGUGGAUCCAAGUGCGAACCAUGGACGGCGCGAAGUCGGUGCGCAUUGAUGGCCUUUCGAAGAUCACUAAGGUGGAAGAUCUGCGGCUUCGUGUUCGCGAUGAAUUCGACGUCGAAACAGCGUUGCAGAGACUCUUCUAUCGAGGCAAACAACUGGAAGAUGGCUAUACUUUAUUUGAUUAUGAUGUUGGAUUGAAUGAUAUUAUUCAGCUGCUAGUUAGGGUUGUUCCGCCAGAUUCCACAAGCACAUCUUCUGCAAGCUCUUCGACUUCACUCAAAGAGAAUUCGAAGGAACCAAGCAAACCACCUGUUGGAUCUCCAUGCUCUGUGCAAAGCCUGUACUACAAGGUGGGUGAUCUGGUGGAUGCUCGGGAUUUGACAAAUGGAGCAUGGUUUGAAGCCAAAGUUGUCAAGAUUACCCAAGAAGGGUGCACAUCUACAUCCCCAGACUCGGGGGAACAAACUAAUGUGGGGAAUGGCUGUGAGAGAGAAAGCGUAUCGGAGGCGUCAAAACCAAAAACAGCUGGGUUGCAGCCUUUGCCUGCUCCUUCCGCAGCUGAUGAACCAUCUAUUGCAGAUGAUGGCUUACUUUACUACGUUCAGUAUGAUGACUACGAAGAUGAAGUGGUUGCACUAAAUCUGAAAUGUGUCCGCCCACGAGCCAGGAAGAUUAUCCCCUUUGAAGAUGUGAGCAUUGGUGAUCGGCUCAUGGUCAAUUACAACGUCGAAGAGCCAUCUGAAUUGGGUUUUUGGUAUGACUGCCUGGUGACUUCCAAGAAGUCGACUCGCACCCAGAAACAACUGUGGGCCACCAUAUUUAUUGGGGCAUCAAAGACGCCUUUGGAAAAUUGCCAUCUCAUGUUCUGUGAUGAACUUUUUGCCAUUGAGCGGCAUCCAGCUGUCAAUGCUGCAGACCGUCAAAAUUUUGAGCAGUCCCAUGCUAAACGUCGACGACAGCCUGAAUGUACACACUGUGGGGAUCUACCAGAGCGUCGCUGCCGCCACUGUGCUUGCUGUCGUUGUGGAAGUAAAAAGGAGCCUGAGCGGCAGUUGCUUUGUGAUGAAUGCGACCGGGCUUUUCACUUGGGCUGCCUGGAGCCGCCUUUAGAAAAACUGCCUGAGGAAGAGCACUGGUUCUGCCCAGACUGCAAGCAUGAUCCGACAGAGGUUGUUCAGCCUGGGGAAGCUUUGAAGGAGUCUCGGCGCAAGUCCCGGCUGCCCUCAAUUGUUGGUGAAGGCAAACGUGACUGGGGCCGUGGCAUGGCGUGCGUGGGACGUACGCGUGAGUGCACUUUGGUGCCAGCCAACCACUUUGGGGCCCUUCCCAACGUGCCUGUUGGUUCUUUGUGGAAAUUCCGGCUUCAGGUGUCAGAAUCUGGUUGCCAUCGGCCACCUGUUGCAGGAAUACAUGGCAGGGAGUCAGAUGGGGCUUACUCUAUUGUUCUUUCAGGAGGCUAUGAGGAUGACCAGGACGAUGGUGAGCAGUUCUUAUACACAGGCAGUGGUGGCCGUGACCUGUCUGGAAACAAACGCACUGCAGAGCAGUCUUGUGACCAAAAGUUGACUCGCAUGAACAUGUCUCUUGCACGAAACUGUGCAGCACCAAUAAAUGCUAAAGAUGGUGCUGAAGCAAAGGACUGGCGAGAAGGCAAGCCUGUGCGAGUGAUCAGGAGCUUUAAAGGCCGAAAGCAUUCCAAGUAUUGUCCUGAAGAUGGUUACCGCUAUGAUGGAAUAUACAAGCUGGUGAAGUACUGGCCUGAAAAGGGGAAGUCUGGUUUCCUGGUCUGGCGCUACUUGCUUCGAAGAGAUGACAAGAGUCCUGCUCCUUGGACGGCAGCUGGCAAGCUAGCUGCUGAGAAACUAGGUCUUUGCAUGCAGUAUCCUGAAGGCUACCUGGAGUCUCAAGAUGGUGAUGCUAACAAUUCUGGCGCAGAAAAUGAUGCCACAGCUGCUAAAGGAAAGGGCAAACGGUCAAGAGCAAGCUCUGGUGAAGAUGCAGCUACUACUCCAAAGAAGCGACAAGCCAGCAGUGGCCAGCAUAGAAGUUCCUGGGCACUGGAAGCAUCAGUGCGCAAGACAAUAGAAGCAGAUAAAUGUAACAAGCGGCUCUGGAGUGAAUGCUUGGCUGUGACAUCAAUGGGCCGAGUAGCUUUCCUGGAUCGUGUUCAGACAGUGUUUACAUGUGUGUGCUGCCAAGAACUGGUCUGCCAUCCUGUGACAACACCCUGCAACCACAACCUGUGCCAGAGCUGUCUACAGAGAUCCUUCAAGGCUGAGGUGUUCAGCUGCCCAACAUGCCGCCAGGAACUGGGUAACACCUACACUCUUCUGGUCAACAGGUCCCUGCAGAAAACACUGCAGGCACUUUUCCCAGGAUAUGAGAAUGGACGAUGAGUGGGCCUAGAGCAGGGGUGUACUUCUGCUGCCUGCAUUAUAUCGCUGACCUAUGCCAAGGCCGGUGGUAUCUUAUGGUAAUAUUUACUGCAGUGACGUGCAUUUACUGUAAAGCAACACAAUGACCCAAGAAGAAAGACAUCUUUAGUGUAGCAUGAAAUUAGUGCCAUCUUUCAAUGUGAUGGCAAGACCAGCUUGCUGUUUUUCACUGACUUUUAGCUGGUGUUUUUUGCUUGGUUUUGUGAAUGUUAAGAUCUUGCUUCUGGCAGAGAUAGUGUUUUAUUGUCCCCUUGUUCUGUAUACAAAUUUGUUGUUAACAUGGUGCAAGACAUGUUUUGUUUCAGUAUGUUUUGACUUUGGAUGCCUGUUUUAUACUCAGUGAAUGUUUGCUUGCCAAUGCCCUUUUGCCUCGGUUUGUGUUUUUGAUGUAUGGCAAAGUCAGAAAGUCACUAAAUUUGUUUUAUUAGCUUUUCUAUAACAAGAAAUUCAGUGCAAUUAAGAAAAGCUACUGAAAAGCGUGAAUUCUGUGUUUGUGAAGUUCAAUGUUGACAUUUAAUGGUGUUUGGCCUCAUACUUAAUUAACUAGCACGAAUGAAAUGGUGCACGAAUGAAUGAAGUGGUGCUUGCAUUUUAUCUAUACUGAAGUAUCUAUGAGUACAAAUUGGUGAACAAUGUGUUAGGAUAGCCACAUGUGUACGUAUAUGUGAAUGGACUGCUCUGUGGGAUUAAUUCUUGUACUUUUUAUUUUUCCAUACUGCACAGUUUUGCAUUUCGAGCACUGUAAAAGUGAUGACAUGCAUUCAUCUUGUUUCAUGCUGAUAAAAGAUGCUAUACUAAUAAUCCCACCCUCAUCACCAGUUGCAAACGCAGACCGACGCAGUGGGGGGUGAACUGCUUUAUUCAAAGAGAUGCGCUGCUUAUAUAGCUCUCGGACGAUUAUGUCACUAUGAUUAAUCUUUUAUCACGAUGGAACACAUUUUAACACUACUUAUAAUCUGGGGAAAUGCUAAGUUUGCCUUUCCAUUUCUGUUUUGUGACAUGGCAUCACAAGUAGCAAGCAGGGUUGCACUGUAGCAAGAAACUUAUAGCUCUUGUGUUUUUAAUUUUGUGCAAGCUUUUGUGUUUUUAAUUUUGUGGAAAUAUUUACAAUUGAGCUUGACUUUUUAACCAUAAAUAAAGCUUUUACAUUACAUGUCAUGCUGAAUUACCAGAAACAACCAAAAAUAAGUUCAGAUAGCAUAUAACCAGAUGGUUGCUUUCUGUAAUUCAUCAGUAUCGGCUGUUUAUUAUGAAAUUGUGCUGUAGUAAAUGAAAGAAGGGCUGCCGAUUCAUGGUGAUGCACAACGCCUAAUCAGUUAUGAAUUUUUUUUAUCCUCCAACAGAAGCAAAGGCACUUUUAGUGUAUGCAACAAGAUAUGCAACAGCAGUUGCAUAAUUUUGUCAUUGGUGUUGAACCAAGGAUUUUGUCGUUGCUUUAGUGGAACAUUUAACUAGAUAGACUGAAGGCUUCAGCUAAGCAGUGUUUGCCGUGCUAAUUCUGCAAGAUGAAUCCAUGUCGUUACAAAGCCUAGUUUGUGAAUCAAGUAAAUGCAAGUGGCAUCUUUGCAUUGUUUUAGUUGUUGCAGUUUAAGCUGCUUAUGGUUUGUGUAACAGUAGACUCUUUUGCAUUUUUUAUAUGCUUAGGUACACCAUAAAAUGACUGAGAUAAAACUAAACAUAGUGUUUGACAAUGGGCUGCACUUUGGUUGCCGCAAUAUCGACCACAAAAUGCCUGGCUGCGUGAAAAAUAAAUUCUUUGCACUUUUUUGUCAUCAAGUUUUGGUUCUGGCUCCUGGUUGCAAAAAAUGUGUUGCAGUGUGGCACAUGAAGAAAUUGCAGUUCAUGACAAGUGACUCAAAGCUGCUUCAUUGUCAUCGUGUCUUUGGUGCACAAGUAUAUGCAGGUUAUGGAUACUACAUAUUUAGGGC